UCUCUAAACCCACCGGAAGUCAACAUGUCGAGUCUGCACAAGACCAAGAUUGCGAAGUUCCAGAGCAUUCUCAGUGAAGCGCACAUCAACCUGCCCGUGUUAAGGGAGCUUUGCUUUAGCGGAAUCCCAUUUGAAGGAGGAAUUCGGUGUCUCUGUUGGAAGAUAUUACUAAACUAUCUCCCCGCAGAACGAUCGCUAUGGGAUUCUGUGCUGGAGAAACAGAGAGAAACAUAUGCCCACUUCCUGAAAGAGAUGAUGAUACGGCCGGGGAUCGCCAAAGUCAAGUUUGGCAUAUCCAGGGAGGAUGUGACUUUAGAAGAUCAUCCGCUAAAUCCAAACCCGGACAGUCGGUGGAACACAUACUUCAAAGAUAAUGAAGUGUUGCUGCAGAUAGAUAAGGAUGUCAGGAGGCUGUGCCCUGAUUUUUCAUUUUUCCUCAACCCCACCGAGUACCCCUGCCGUUUAAUUAUGGACCACCAGAACGAAUACGAGACCCUUUGGAAGCGCGUGGAGCAGACCACUCUAAAGUCCCAAACAGUGGCUCAAAACAGAAGCGGACUCACUUAUGUGAGCUCCCCGUUAAAGACGUCAACUUCAUACCCAUUGAAUGAGUAUGACCCUUUACCCAAUGGCUGCGAGGCUCACUGGGAGGUGGUGGAGAGAAUCCUGUUCAUCUACGCUAAGCUGAACCCUGGCAUAGCCUACGUGCAAGGCAUGAAUGAAAUCGUAGGGCCGAUUUACUACACUUUUGCUACAAACCCCAACAGUUUGUGGAAAGAGCACGCAGAAGCCGACACUUUCUUCUGCUUCACGAAUCUGAUGGCAGAGAUCAGAGACAACUUCAUUAAGAGUCUCGAUGACUCCCAGUGUGGAAUAACCUCCAAGAUGGAGAAGGUUUACUCUACCCUGAAAGAGGAGGACGAGGAGCUCUACCUGAAAUUGCAAGAACAGAACAUCAAGCCUCAGUUCUUUGCCUUCCGUUGGCUGACUCUUCUGCUUUCCCAAGAAUUCGUGCUUCCUGAUGUCAUCCGGAUCUGGGAUUCACUAUUUGCAGACGAGAAGAGAUUCGACUUCCUCUUGAGAGUUUUAUGUGCUAUGCUCAUAUUAAUCCGUGGUCAAUUACUAGAAGGAGAUUUCACAACGAAUAUGAGGCUGCUUCAGGAUUACCCCCUUUCGGAUGGCGAUGUGCUCCCCAUUUUGAAGAAAGCCAAGGAGCUGCAGGACUCCAAAUAAAGCAAAGAGAAGACGGUGAUGUCCCAACACUCUAGGCCGGCACCAGACAGUUCCUGUUUCGCAGAUGGUCCCUUUCCGUAAGACACCUUGGGGAUCCGUGUAGGUUCUGCUCUGUUCAUAACGGCAAAUUUCCACACUAACUCCUACUGCCCCGCUCCGGGGGGGCCCUGAACUCUGCUGCUCCAGAUCAGCCAACGUACACUCGCCGACUCAAGAAGAUCUGAUUUCCUUUGGACUAUGACCCGUUUGGCGUGUUUUGUUUUUGUCACUACUACACAUGAAGAGAAUGUUUCUGAGGUUGUAUUACGCUAUAGUAGGGUGACAUCACACUUCGAUUAUGCACCUAAACACCUCCCGGUCCACACUACUCCCUGGGUUUCAGCCUCGGGCUUGUGGAUGAGCGCCAUGACUGUUCCUAUACGUCACAUGUGCCUAUACAUUAUGUGGCCACCCAUGCAUGGAACAGCAAUGCUUUACUCGUGGAUUUCACACCCAUAAUGCCUCGAUUCCUCGUCAGUCUGCUGGUAGACUGUUAUCAGCCAACCGUAGCGUCUCUCUUCAGUCCCUAACCCUCCAUCUGCUCUUUGGUUACUGAAAUGUCAAAUUGUAAUGUUUAAGUAAUGUUUAGUUUGAUCUGAAAUAGAUUUUUACUUGGAUUGUAAACCGGGUCCAUUUAUUUUAUAUAUUUUGUUUUUAUAUAUAUAUAUUUCUUAAAUACCUUUACCAAAUUCGUUUGGUACAAAGCGAACCCCUAAAUCAUAUUAAGGGGGUGCACAGUAUUCCUAUUUAAAAAGGCAGUUCUGUUCCUGGACUCUUCUUUUAUGGCAAUAAAGAUAGCUAAAAUACAUAUAAUUCCCAAAAGGAAAGAGCGCAAUACACAGGGGGGGGGACCCACAUUUAAUAUUGCGGCGGUUUUCCAAGCUGGGGGGAAGGAUUUUCUCUUUGCACAUCUCACUUCCUGAGAAAUGCUUCCCUAACAAUCUGAACAGGAAAUGAGCAGCGCAAAUAAAAAUUGCUUCCCCCACUAUGUUAGAAAAUAGAAUGUGAAGGUCCAAAUAAGUUUUAUAACUAAUUACUUAUGGUUAGGGAUUUUUUACCAACGUUUGUGAUAACACAUCUUAAACGUGCGUUGCAUUGGCUGUAGCUGUAAACUGGGAAAUACAACAGGACCGUUUUUUUUUUCAUAAUCCUCUCUAAGUUUUUGACGUAGAUAAUAUUACAAAGUGUUACUUUUCUUUGUUGAUUUCUAUAUGUUCCUGUACAGUCUUUGACCGCUGCUGUCUUGGCCAAAUCGUGUUCCUCCAUCUGCAUGUAGCACGUAAUAGCUGGUCUCAUGGAUGUGUUGCAGCGGCGAGCGGAUGUCCGUAUGUUUUUUCUAUGUUGUGUGAAUUUAGUUUUGUCUCAAUAAAUUUAGUAGUUUAUUUGAAUUGCA